CUCUACAGUUUUUGGGCUCUCUCUUUAUAGAAUCAUCAUAUAACACAAAUCAUAGGGUACUUCACUAUGACUACUAACAUUACUGACUCUACGGCUGCCUACGCUGAGCCGCAAUAUCCACCUGUGGGAGAGCCUGUCUCCGAGGGAGACAGGUGGUACGAUCGUCGCUUUAGCAAACACCUUCCUCCAUACUCUAAUGCCAUGGUGCAGGUUAUUUUUGUUUCCUUUGUCUGCUUUCUCACCACGGGCAUGUUUAAUGCCUUGCUGGGGGUAGGGGGCCUGGGGGGUAUCGACAUCCACACCUCCGACCUUGCCAACAUGAGUUUGUACACCACUUUCCUGGUUCUCGGGUUUGUAUCGGGGACUAUAAUCAAUAUGAUUGGGGUGAGAUAUGCCCUCUGCUUUGGUUCUUUAGGGUACGCCCUUUACGCCGGUCUGUUGUUGUGCUUCGUCCACACGGAAAAUUCAGGUUUCGUGAUUGCGCUGGGAGCGAUUUUGGGGAUCUGUGCUUCUUGUCUCUGGUCGGCCCAGGGUACCAUUAUGUUGAGUUAUCCUACCGAGAAUAACAAGGGUAAGGCCAUCAUGACUUUCUGGAUCAUCUUCAACUUGGGAGCCGUGAUUGGGUCUGUCAUUCCCUUGGCACAAAACAUCCACGACAAGGAGAGCAAGCCCACCGAUGGCACCUUUGCGGCUUUCCUCGCCUUGAUGUGCUGUGGGAGUUUGGUAGCAUUGCUCUUGUUGCCAGUGUCUAAGGUUAUGAAGUCAGAUGGCACCCGCGUUGAGGCUCCACAGAACCCGCUGUUGAAGAAGGAGUUACUCGAGCUCUUCCACAUUUUAAAGACCGAGCCAAUGAUCUAUACGUUGUUCCCAAUGUUUUUUGCCUCGAACUGGUUCUAUACGUACCAGCAGAGUGACUUCAAUGCGGGCCACUUCAACUUGCGCACCAGAUCCUUGAACUCGUUGCUCUACUGGUUGAUGCAAAUGGUUGGGGCCUUGUUCAUCGGCUUCCUUUUGGAUUGGGCUCGCUUCUCACGUAAGAUGCGUGCUCGGAUUGGCUGGGUGGUGUUGUUUUCCUGCACCAUGGCCAUUUGGGGUGGUGGUUUCAAAUUCCAACAGGGCUUCACCCGCGAGUCGGUCGAGAGCAUGACCAAGAUUGACUUCACGGAUCGCUCAUACAUCGGCCCAAUGUUCUUGUUCAUGUUCUAUGGUGCGUUCGAUGCUAUCUGGCAGUCGUUUGUUUACUGGCUCUUGGGGGCUUUGUCCAACAAGCCAAGAAAGGCCGCGUUGUACGCGGGCUUCUACAAGGGUAUUCAGUCUGCAGGUGCCGCCAUUAUCUGGCGUUUGGACUCCUUGGGGAAGCUGUACAUGGCUAUCUUUGGCAGUACCUGGGGCUUGUUAGCCGGAUCCUUGUUGAUUGCAGCUCCAAUGGUGUUCAUCUAUGUUACCGACCACACGGUGGAAGACGGACAGCUUAGUAUCGAAGACGAUGCCGAUAGCCACUCCCAGCAGAAAUCCGAAAGCUCCUACGUCGAGGUGGCUCAUGUUGGUAAGUAAUCUCUUUCUGGUGGGUGGGGUUAGAGCUUUGACAGCCAGCCCCCAAAUUUUGCGAUUUCAAACCUCUCCACAUUCUGGACAAUGUUUUCUUAGUUUUUGUAUACUUGAAAUGGCAUAUCUUAUAG